GUUGUUCUGCACACGGGUUGAGGAGAUGGGAAACUGGAGGUGAGGAAUUCACCACAGAGGCACAGGGAAGAGACAGAGCUUUCUGACUGACUGGGAGUAAAGCCUAUGGAUAUUCAACAGUUUGAUGUUUAGAAGUGUGAAGUGUAUCGCUCUCGUCCUUCACUGGAGGAAGAAGACGAAACUUCUAAGCCUGUGUCUCUCUACCAGAACUUCCCAUAAGGGUGUCUGAAGAAGAGAAAAAGAGGGAAAGAGAGGGAGGAACGAAGAGCAAAAACCAGCCUGCCUCGGAAAGGGAAGAAGGACGGUGUCCUGAGAGGGAGGUGGUGAUGCGCGAGGAGGUUUCCUGCGCCAACUCCCCCGAGGGGGGGCUGGGGGCCAGCGAGGAGGAGCUGGAGAGGGGCUCCAAGAAGAGUGGGCCAACGGGGGGGCGAAAGCGGGUGCCGUACCCCAAGAAGGACAGUCUGGGUCGGGCCGAGGAGAGGGCCGUUGUCAGCGGGAGCCCCAACAGCCUGGUUCCGUCGGGGCCCAAACGGCAGAAAAAGCAACAGAGCUCCCCCACGGCGAUGGUGUGCGUGGCCCCAUCCACGCUGAGCUCCAGCGGCCUCGGUUUGGGCCCGGGCGGUGAGCCCUUCGAGGACCUGCACACGCAGCGAGUGAUCGCCAACGUUCGUGAGCGCCAACGCACGCAGUCGCUGAACGACGCCUUCGCCUCGCUGCGUAAGAUCAUCCCCACUCUGCCGUCGGACAAACUUAGCAAGAUCCAGAUCCUGAAACUGGCGUCACGCUACAUCGACUUCCUGUACCAGGUGCUGCAGAGUGAUGAGAUGGACGCCAAGCUGGCUAGCUGCAACUACCUGGCCCACGAACGCCUCAGCUACGCCUUUUCCGUCUGGAGGAUGGAGGGUGCCUGGGCCAUGUCUGCCAGCCACUAGUGUCUCCUACCCGUCCUGUUCUGUCUUAACCAUACUUUCUCUGCAUCUUCCUUCCUGUACCCCCUUACCCCACCAUCCCUGGCCUCCCCUAACCCACUACUAACUGUACGUCGCUCUGGAUAAGAGCGUCUGCUAAAUGACUAAAAUGUAAAUGUAUCUCUGUACCCCCUUACCCCACCAUCCCUGGCCUCCCCUAACCCACUAUCUCUGUACCCCCUAACCCCACCAUCCCUGGCCUCCCCUAACCCACUAUCUUUGUACCCCCUAACCCCACCACCCCUGGCCUCCCCUAACCCACAAUCUCUGUACCCCCUAACCCCACCAUCCCUGGCCUCCCCUAACCCACAAUCUAUGUACCCCCUUACCCCACCAUCCCUGGCCUCCCCUAACCCAGUAUCUCUGUACCCCCUAACCCCACCAUCCCUGGCCUCCCCUAACCCAGUAUCUCUGUACCCCCUAACCCCACCAUCCCUGGCCUCCCCUAACCCAGUAUCUCUGUACCCCCUAACCCCACCAUCCCUGGCCUCCCCUAACCCAGUAUCUCUGUACCCCCUAACCCCACCAUCCCUGGCCUCCCCUAAGCCACUAUCUCUGGCCCUCCUUCUAACCACAACACAGUGUCACUGUUCCCUCCUAGCCCACUACCUUCCUCCCUUCAUUAUUCUCUAUUCUCUUCUGUUCUUCAAACUGUUCUUUGCUUACCCUCCCAUCUCAUUCCCCUAAUCUCUCCAUCCCCAACUACCCACUGCCCCAUCACUCACCUUACCCACUGCCCCAUCACUCCCACCGUUCACCCUUCGACAUUGCCCCCCCCUUUCCACCUCAAAUGCCCCUGUAUGCCGCCUUACAAUUUAGCCCCCAACUCCACAACUCUACGGUGCACCCCUGCAGGACAGAUGCCUAAUGAAUGGACUCCUCUUUACAUCUAAAAGGGUCUGUGUCCCUCCCCCCGCAUACCCCCAUCUCUCCUUCUUUGGAAGCCCUGGCCCACAAACAUUGCCCCAUCUCUCCUUCUUUGGAAGCCCUGGCCCACAGACUUAGCCCCAUCUCUCCUUCUUUGGAAGCCCUGGCCCACAAACAUUGCCCCAUCUCUCCUUCUUUGGAAGCCCUGGCCCACAGACAUAGCCCCAUCUCUCCUUUGGAAGCCCUGGCCCACAGACAUAGCCCCAUCUCUCCUUCUUUGGAAGCCCUGGCCCACAGACAUGGGCAUUGGAGCGGACACAUGCUUCGGUUUAAGGACAGAUAUCCAGUCGACUCUCCUUUUGCAGCCUGACAGACAGACAGUAUUAUAAUGCUGUACUACAGUACGUGACUGUCACUGAGGCAUGACGAAGAUCCGCCAUUUAUGCGCCACUUCAAAAGACUACAGAGGAAGAUUCUUUGACAACUGAGAUGAUAAUUACAAUAAAGGCCAUAAUAAUGAUGCCAAAGGGAUGGAUAGCUGGUUGUCCCAGCCCAAUGAAUGUUUACAGCAAAGAUGCUAAUAAGCUAAUAAUUGUAGGCUCUUUCACCUCCAUUUUAUGGGUAGGAAAAGUCAAAGAAGCCUGAUGUUUCCAGCAGUUGUAUAAACGUAUCUGCUUGAUCUGUCUGUGUUCAUGUAUUUCUCUGUUUGCAUUAUGUCCCUUCAUAGCGAGUGGACUUAGCAUGUGCACAUGCUAAUUGCUUAUUCAUAAAGGUUACAUUUUACAUUACAAUGACUUUAUAUCAGAGUAAGUAAUAAGCGAUAAUCUAUGCUGGCACCCUGCAAUACAUGAGCACAGUAAAGCACACAGUUUUGUAGCAUGCACAGAUUAUGGAUAGAUUAGAUAUAGUGGAUAGAUUAGAUAUAGUGGAUAGAUUAGAUAUAGUGGAUAGAUUAGAUAUAG